ACCAACUGCCGAAGCAGCCUCUGCAACACCACACUAUGACACUAGUACUUCAUAGAAUUCGAACGUCCUACAGCCUGUGACAAAUGCCUAUAAGGUUUCACUCCGCUCCUCAAUGAGACAAUCCACCAAGCCAGGCUUGGAGCCGCGAAGGCAAUCCUCCACACCUCAUUACCAUACAUUUACUAAUCUAAGACCUCCCGCUCACCGUGGCCGUCCACCAUCCGCGUCGCAAAUCAACCGCCACGAUAGGAAUGAGGGAUCCGAUGAUUCGUGCCGACUUGGGAACAAUGCAACUCCUCUACCGAAGAAGCAACUCGCCGUCCUCGCCUUUAUCGCCCUCGCCGAGCAGACCGCUCUCAACUCCAUAAGUCCAUAUCUACCAGAGAUGGUGCAAACCUUUCCUGAAGUCAAGCUGGGAGAGGAAGGACUCUACGUAGGCCUCAUAGCGUCAUCAUUCGCGCUGGCACAAUUCGCGACGAACUUCUUCUGGGGCUGGCUGAGCGACCGAAUAGGCAGGAAACCUGUGGUUUUAAUGGGCACUGUGUUCACGAUCGCUUGCUUUGUGGCAUUUGGAUUUUGCAAAACACUGUGGCAGGCUAUCUUAGUGCAGGUCUUGAUGGGACUCUUGAAUGGGAACCAAGGACUGAUUUCAACAUGCCUGGGAGAGAUAACGGAUCGGAGUAAUCAGUCACAGGCCUUCACCUAUUUGCCUGUGCUAUAUGGGCUUGGUAGUAUCACUGGACCUGCUCUUGGAGGAACGCUAGUCUUCAACAACAACCCGUUUCACAAGGACAGGCCCAACAAAUUUCCAUAUCUAUUGCCGAACCUAUUCUCCGCAGCUGUGUUGAUAAUCGAUUUGAUUAUCACUAUGCUAUUUUUAGAAGAGAGUUUAGAAGCAGCUCAAGAACUACCGUCACUAGGCGAACGUAUAACGAAUCUUUUUGCAUGGCUUUGGCAAUUCGCAGGGUCAAGCCACAGGCCAACGUAUCUGCGACACUUCCGGGGACGGAAGGUUAGCUACGAGAGCAACAGAUCCGACGCUGCGUCAAAUAUAGACACUCCUUCCUUGAUCCCGGAAGCUAAUGGCACAUCUCUGCCUGCUCGCGCUGUGUUGAACAGAGACACAAUCCUUUUGCUCUUGACCUACUUCAUAUUUCAGCUUUCCAACGUUGCGUAUAAUUCGCUAUAUCCAAUAUUUGCAGAGGCAAAACCACCUGCAGGGCGAGGGUUAUCUACAGAAGAAGUUGGUCUAUCUUUGGCCUUUGCAGGCGUAGUCACGAUACUUUUCCAGGUUGGCAUCUUUGGUGCCAUACGCGAUAAGAUCGGCAAUAGGUCGAGCUAUCGUGUGAGCAUAGCCGGCUUCGUCGUCGCCUUUCUCAUCAUGCCCUGGGUAGGCUAUCGUGAUGGCCACGGGUUUGGGCAGGGGAAGAUAUGGAUCUGGGUUGAGCUGGGAAUUGCGCUUACAAUCAAGACUGUUGCGGCCGUCGGAGGUCUUGCAUCGGCCCUUCUUCUUAUCACGAAUUCGGCACCCAGCCACUCAGUGUUGGGUAAAUUGAAUGGUCUCGCGCAAACCCUAUCUGCUGCAGGGCGAGCCGUAGGACCUUUCAUUUCAGGGGGCAUUUUCUCGGCCGCUACGAAGAUCCGACCGAAGGGCGAGGCCCUCGCAUUUGGCCUGUUUGGUGGAAUAGCUUUUGCAGGCUUCAUUUUGAGCUUUGGAAUCAAGAGUGCUAAAUUAGAAGCAGAGACAGACGCCGAGGAUGAAGGCGGUGAUGAAGAGGAGCACAGUGCUCUCAAUAGGGAAGAGAACGAUGGCGGAGCUAGACCUAGAGAGACCCAACCGCUUCUGAGGAACUGAUACAGCAAACACAUAGUCAUUUGUUCUAGCGUUCAUACAAACCAUUGGGUCACGUCACUUCUAGAUUUUACUAGAUUUUGAAGAAAUGAUGGCAACAUUGAAUUACGUUGAUGUCAGUGGUAUGGUUUUUUCAAC